GAUGCGGGCUUUGACCAAGGGAAGGUCUAAAAGCCACCAAUAAAUCAGCGCGGUGCGCAGCCCCUGGUAGGGCAGCUGCAGGAGUAGCACAGCCCUUAACGCUGCUUUUUAAAACAUUUAAAUAAAGAUGCACUCUCGCUGCCGCACCGUCAUUCCCAUUAAAUACAGUAAAUACGGUAGGCGGACGGCAGCCCCGCGUUCCGGUCAUUACGAUACAUCCCUCCCGCCCCAUCCCUCUGGGCUCGCAGCGCUGCUGCGGGUUGUAGCGCCCCCUGCCGGCACAGAGCGUGGUGCUCACGGGAAGGAGGUCCGGCAGCGCGCAGGACCGGCGCGGGGAGUUCCGGGAGCGGCAGCGACGGGGAAGGGUUUGAGCAUCGGACGCGGGGGGAGGCUGGCGUUGCCGCUUCCGGGUAGGCGCCAGGUCUGCGAGCAGUGGAUCCCCCAGCCAUCCCUCGGAGCCAGCAGAGUCACCAUCCUCCUUCUGGAGACUGGCUGGCGCUGCGUGGUGACGUCUGCAUGGGUCAUGCAAUGCCAUCCUCGUGGCACGAGGCUCCAGUCAUCAGUAGAUGUCAUCUCUGUUCUAGCUGUGCAGUCGGUUCCAGGCCAAGACCCGCUGCUAUUGCUGAAAACCCUCCAGCUUCUCUGGACAAAGAAAGAGAUGAAGAAGCAGCUCAAGGAAGAAAUCAGGCGGGGCUUUGCAGGACUGGAGGACCCGUUGGCAGGACUGCUGGACAUGCUGGAGAGCAGCGGUGAUUGGAAGGGGAAAGGGCAUUCCCUCGGGUAUUACAUCAGCAGUGAGCUGCAGCUUUGGAUGAAAGAGCAUCCUGCUGUUCAACAGUCUGGCAUGAAGCUGAAGAAGCUGCAGGCCCGUGCAUUCAGAAUACUAGACCAGUGCCCAGCUAAUCUUCUUGACCCUCUGAUUAGCAUUUACCAGCUCCAUACAGCAGACCGGAACUAUUUGCUUGGACACGUCAGUCAUCUUUAUCACAGGGGCGAUUACAAAGAGGCAGCCAUCCUGAGUAUUAAGCUAAAACUACAGUCAGAUCAAGAUGUGGAGAAGAUGUGUGCACCGCUACUGUUUCAAGAUAAAAUUAACCUGGUUGAAGAUUAUGUGGGAGAACAUCCUGAGCUCCAGUGCAGGCUCUUACAGAUCCUGGACACCUGGUGUGAACCUGAUUUUAAUAUCAGAGAUAUGGCAAGACAAUAUCAAGGUCUGUCCAGGUACAAGCCAGAUAAACUGAACCGCAAAAUGCUAAGCAAGCUGAUCUUCAGACUCCUAGACCGAUUUAACGUAGAUCCAGCUCUCUGUCCUAAUGUCAUAAAUCAGCGGCACUUGAGAACUCUGAAUUAUCUCUUCUACAAGAGGUUUGUGGAGAAAACCAUGACUCAGGAGAACUGGACAGAUCACGUUCAGAGCACAGUUGGAGACAAUCGAUGGCUUCAGGGGCACCUGAUACAGUUGCUGCUCAGAUACUGUGAUUUGAACACAGCAGCAAGAUGGGCACAACACUGCAGUUUGCCUGAGGAGAUGCUGCCUUCUGAAGUGGCUGAUGAGCUUCAAAAGCUUGAGAUCCAAGAGAGGGUAGAAGAGGCAACCAAAGAAGAGAACUACAAAGAGGUUAAGAAGAAGGAUUAUUACCAGCUUCCUAUUCCACGUGCAAAUAUUCACUUACUGCAGAAUUGGGAAGAUAUGGUGCAAUGCUGUGAAAAGGUGCUGCAGCCUGGGCAGAUUGUUGGCAUUGACAUGGAGUGGAAGCCUUCGUUUGGCAUGGUUGGGAAGCCCCGCGUCUCCCUCCUUCAACUCGCCGUGAGGGAUGAGGUGUUCCUGCUCGAUUUGCCACAGCUCCUUGAGCAAGCUGAAGUCAAGGGUGAGAAAGAGAAGCUUCCCCAUAUCAUCCAGAUGCUCUACUCAGAUGCAACCAUCACUAAACUAGGUUAUGGGAUGUCUGGAGACCUUAGCAGUCUUGCAGCCACAUGCUCUACUUUGAAAGGCAUGGAUAAGCAGUCACAAAGCGUAGUGGACCUACUCACAAUAGACAAACUACUGCAGAAGAGCUCCAUUGACUGGAAGAAGGGCAGCCUGAAGGUCGAUGCCCUGUCUCCAGAGCAGAGCUGUGAGGAUGAAGGGCUCAGGCAGCCAGAGAAAGGGCUCAGCCUCCUCGUGCAACACGUCCUGGGAAAACCACUGGAUAAAACAGAGCAGAUGUCUAACUGGGAGAAACGACCACUGCGGGAGGAACAGAUCCUCUAUGCAGCUUCAGAUGCAUACUGCUUGCUGGAGGUCUAUGAGAAGCUGUGUAAGGAUCCAGAAAGCUUUGGUCUGAGUUCAGACCUGACUGAAAGUCUGGUGGGAAAAGCGAGUGUAAAACCCAGGGCAAAGAAGCAGCUGAAUAAACAAGAGGUACCGUCACCUUCUGGACAGCAAUGCAGAGGAUCUGACAAAGAGAUCUCACGUCCCCCUGCUCCCAUCUCCCCAAAAGAGUUCAGCGUGGUCUGUGAUAACAUGCUGCAAGGCCUUGGGCGCUAUCUCCGCUGCCUCGGUGUGGACGUCCGGAUGCUGGAGAAUGAGGAUGACCAUAGGAAAGCUGCUGAGAUUGCCAGACAGGAGGGAAGGGUCAUUUUAACCUCUGGACUCCCGUAUCAGACUCUGCAGUCCCAGGUAGGGGAAGGAAGGUGCUUCUCUGUGAACUGCUCAGAAAAGGCGAAGGAGCAGGCGCUGCAGGUUCUGAAGCACUUCAACGUUCGCGUGACGCUGGCGGACAUCUUCAGCCGCUGCCAGGUCUCCCAGCAGGUUUGGGGCCACUGCAUUGCCCAGGAGCAAGUGUGCUUUCUUGGAUGCCACCAUGCAUUUUCCACGCUGGACCCAUGCAGGCCCCAAGCACAGUACUGGGGACGAGCAGCAGGGAGCCCAACUGGGGCAAAGGCACAGUGUGAGCCCUCCUGGCCCAUCCUCACUCGUGGCAGCAGUGUGAUCACCUCUGCUCUGCCUCCCUGGAGAGCACCAGUGGUUUCAGGGCCUUCGCAAUUUGGCCAGCGAUGGGAAGGCCAGGGACGAUGGCUGGGAGGACAGGGCUCCUGGCCAUGCCCCCGGCUCAGCUCUGCACCUCCCCUGUGCACCAGUUCCUGCCACAUCCGUGCCAGCUGCUGGGUAAGGAUUGCAUUUCAUCUCACACAAAACUUCCCUCCUGUGAACUGGCUUCAAGUUGUGGCUCAAAAGCAUUUCUGAACUGCAUCCACGGGGUGGCCUGCGUGCUGACCUCUGCUCCCUGGACAUGAUGCUGCCACGUUCUGUACAAGUAUGCUCUGUACAAGUUGCCUGCCUGCUGCUGCAAACCGCUGGGCACAUGUGUGAGCCAACAUCCCACAACACAGCUCUGCCUGCCUGCAACACACACACUCUGCUCCGGAGUGAACCGAGGGCUCCUUGAAACCAGUGCAGAAAUGCAGUGGGGGACAGCCUGCAUUUAUCAUGCUUUUGCUUCCCUCUGAAUUUCAGUCCUCUGGCACCGUCAGGCCAAACACGAUGACGCAAGUCAGACUGCAGCAAUUGAAAAGAGACUUCUUAAAAGCGCAGCUCCACAGUGCAGGAGAGCAGCUGCAGGUGGCUCAGUGCAGAGAGAGUAGCCAGGCCACAUGGAGACAUCCCACUGGGUUUAGUUCAAUUCCUGUGCCAAGAAGGAUACACCAGCAGCUCUUUCACUGCAUCACAAGGAGGCAGCGAAGCCUCUGGAAGUGUUUUGCCCACAGCCUGUGACAAAUGAUUUUGUGGUCUUAGCCAGGAUCUAAUAAAUGUGUGAUGCCAAACCCACCUGCCU